AUGUUGAACGCACUCUUCCAGACCAACCGACACGUCGUCGUCCGCAGCGCCCGCGGGUCGGCGAGGACGUUUGCCGCGUCCGCAUCGAGGUCUUCGGCUGUCAAGCCUGGUUCCGACAGCGAGGCUACCGUACCCGGUGGCGGAGGCACCGAGGACAUUGCCAACUCGUCGGGAGCCUACGACGGCGACAAGACCAACCCAGACGCAGCGACGUCAAAGAUCGAGUCCGAGAACAAGGCCGAUUUCAGCACGUCGGCCAACAACCCCGAGACGUCCGAGGCGGCCACGAAGGCGCACCACGCCAGCGACGCCAGACCGUCCAAGCAGCAGCAGAAGACUCCCAGCAGGACCGAUCUCGGCGGUACCGCUGCCCGAAAGGGCAAGGACUGA